CAGCUACAUCCGGCAUGAUUUGGCCUGCUUUGCGAGGCUCCGAUUUUCUCAAAGAUAUGAUAGAGCUUAGUCACAAUAACGACGAUAUUUCUACGAUUUGGUGUUUGAAGAAUACAGGUCCUGCGUCGGAUUGGGCUUCACCUCAUGUGCAAUUCGGGAUUGACAAAUGGACCAUCAAAAGCCUGUCGCCCAUCUACGGCGGCAGUGCCGGGAAUCUGGCUGACCUGAAAACCCUUCUCCCGUAUGGAGCAUACUGGACGAUGGACUACAUGGAGCAGCAUCAACACUUACUGGAAGCAAGCAAUUGAUCAAAAUGCCAAUAAUCUAACUGCGCAAGCGGUAUCAAUCAUUCUUCAAGAAUAUACCCAGGACUUCUUCGAUCCUUCAAAGAAUCUCUCCAACUUCAACCGCAUGGCUCGCGUCUCGCCUUAUCUUGGAAACGCUUGGACAUAUUACAACUCGUCCUCGAUUUUCCCGACUGCCAACCUUUAUAAUACCAGUCGCGACCCUGCUUACCUCAAGAUGACUAGUGGCCUAUUGGACGGGCAAACGUAUUGGGGAUACGGCAAUAUCUAUGGGAGAACAUAUGCAGCUGUCAACACUGUGAUAUACGCGGGCCAGUCGACGCCUAGCCAUGUCUGCCAAGCAGGCGGCAUUCUUCAAGAGUCUCUGGAUCUUUAUAUGCAGACCCUGGUCCCGUCGCAGAAUGCCGUUAUUUUCCUUUUCGAUGCGCUGGGUACGGGCAUGUACCCUGCAGGAACCAUUAUCUCGACAUCCAUUCCCAAUGCUGGCAUCCCUACCGACCCGAUGUUAGCGCUUUUCUCUCUCCUCACUAUCGACAAAUCGUGGGACUCCAACAUCGCACAAGUUGGCAAGUACCUUCGCGCAAAGUAUCCUGUCAUUUCCGACCUUGUGGGGCCGACCACAUUCAAAGCCACGCUUGGAGAUGGUCAGGCUUGGUACAUUGGGGCGCAGCAGAUUAAGGUCGACGACAUCGGUGGCAAGUGGACGUUGGUCAUUGCCUUUCCUCGUAGCGACUUCUUUGCUUCCAUCGACCGUUCCAUCAUACGCAGCAUCAUUGUCAUGGCAUGCUUGGCCGUUGCGGGUGUUUUGGCGACACUAGCGGUUUCAUUUGCCGUGGUUUACCCGUUACACGUCCUCGGAGUAUGCAUGGGUGAAGCAACACAGAUGAAAUUCAAAUUCUUGGAGGACCGCAAUAUAGAUAAGACGAGUGCGGUGACUGAGAUUUCGAAUUUGCAAACUGCCUUCGCGACAAUGGUAAAAGCGUUCGCCGCCGGAAUCCGCAAAAACGCCAGUCUGGUUUCUGCCAAGUCACGAGUAGGAGCCACGACAUCCGUAAUGAAGAAAAAACUGUCAAUUACUCAAGCUUCAGACUGACCGAUCAUAAGAUGCGGGUGUAUCAAAUUGCGCACAAUGUUUCCGGCUUAGCCGUGCUCUUUUUUGCUGUACUUGGAUGCACCGAUUUCCGUGCAUACAAGAUCCCCGAAUUAAUUGAUUUCGCUCGUUGGAGUUGACAGCGGCCAUGAAAGGGUUGACGAGGGACUUGUUUGAGCUAUUCAAGUCUUCGCGACAAAGACGAACCGGUGGCCUUCCUCUCUGCUGCAAACACUUGCGCAGGUCGUCGUGCCAACCCUUUAGUCACUUC